AUGACACGAUCGAGUAGUGAAGACGACUCUGAUAUCGUUGUCCUUAGGCCUCCAAGCACAUUACCUCAAAGAGGUGGGAAGAUGGCUUUAAGGGCACGAGGUCGAGGCCGUGCUUCAUUAGAUAGGAGAGCAGCACCUGUGUAUAUUGAUUUGGAAGACUCUGAUGGUGAACUAGAAAAUCAAGGUGCUGCCCUCUCUCUCGAUUACCAGAACAUAAAUACUCCUCCAAAAUUUGAUCUUACUUUAGACCAGGACAGUGACCCUGAGGUAGAUAUCUCAAAAUCUAAAAGUGACGAGCCUGAAUUAACAAUGCCGGAUUGUAGGUUAGAAGUUAAAGUGGCCCCCAACUUGAAUGGUAAAUUUAAGAAAGUCCAGAAAUUCUUUCCUGGCUCCUCCUCCGUAAGGGAUGAAGGUGAUGUAACCCUUGAGGAGGCAUAUUUCAAUGAAUUAAUAGAAUUACCUUUCGGCUACUUCCCUGUUUAUGUGAAAAAUACUUUUUCUAAGGGUUCUAUACCAUACCGAUGGACUAAGGGUCAAGCUAGAUACCACGAGAAUAUUUGGCAAACAAAGAUAAAGAAAAAUCCAACAAGUGAUCCCUUCUAUCCUCUAGAUGGGCUAUGUUUGGAGACAUUAGAUGAUCCCAAUGACCUUCAAGUUCGGGAUGCACCCCCUGAAUUUGAGGAGGAAAUUAAAUCUACAGUCGAUGAGUUAAGAGAAAUUAACCUGAGAAACGAUGAUGACCCCCGCCCGAUUUUUAUAAGUACUCUGUUGAGCGAGGGUGAAACCCAAGAUGUAAUUCAAUUGUUGUCUGAGUUCAGGGAUUGCUUUGCCUGGACAUACGACGAAAUGCCAGUUUUGGCAGCCCCAGUUCCGGGAAAACCCUUGAUUCUCUAUACCGUUGCCUUAGACGAGUCUUUAGGUGCCUUGCUAGCUCAAGUCAACGACGAAGGGAAAGAGAAUGCUCUCUAUUACCUCAAUCGAAGACUUCUUCCUAUCGAAAUUCGGUACCCAUCAAUUGAAAAGCACUGUCUUGCUUUGGUUUUUGCAGCCCAGAAGCUUAGGCAUUACAUGCUCUCCCACCCAAUUAGUUUAAUUUCGAGAGUUAAUCCUUUGCAGUAUCUUAUGACCCAAUCUACAUUAUCGGGACGCUUGGCUCGUUGGUCUAUGAUACUACUCCAAUUUGAGAUUACUUUUAUUCCCCUCCGUGCUUUGAAAGGACAGGCCGUCGCCGAUUUUUUGGCAUUACACCCGUUGCCGGCAGAUUCUCCUUUGAAUGAUGAUUUACCCGACGAACAAAUCAUGCGUUUGAGGGAAUCUGGAGAAGCCAUCUGGGAAUUAUAUUUUGAUGGUGCAGCAUCCUCUUGUAGGAAUACCACCCAACAGUCUAUAAUUCCUGGAAAGGCUGGAGUCGGCUUAAUUUUCAUAACGCCAGAGAAAGGGAUGAUGCAUUUUUCCUAUCAUUUGUCAGAGCCCUGCACAAAUAACGAGGCUGAAUAUGAAGCUCUGAUAACUGGUUUGGAACUUGUAAUUUUAAUGGAAAUUAAAGUGAUUAAGAUCUUUGGUGAUUCCCAGUUGGUGAUCAACCAAGUCAUAGGAACCUAUAAGGUCUUAAAUCCUAAUCUUUUGAAAUACCACCAGUACACCCUUCACCUGCUUGAGCAAAUUCCUACUGUUACUCUGUAUACGGUUCCCCGUGGAAGCAAUUCCGCAGCGGAUGCCUUAGCAAAGCUCGCGAAGGAAUUUGCAUGUCCUGAGGAAGAUUCCAUCCCUAUAGAGAUUCAGGGCCGUAAAACCCUUUCUCCUAUAGAUUUGAAACACAUCAGUAAGAGUCCCUUCCAAGUCCUUUCUGCCUCUUCAACGAUUGAUGAGGAAGGCGAUUGGAGACAACCUUUAAUAGACUACAUUUGA